GAUGAACUCUUGUCAUCGACUGGCUCAUUGAUGGACGUUCUCCUGGACAGUGGUGAUGUCAUUGUCAGUGAAUGGAGCAGUCCAGAUCUGGUGGAUUGUUUGUGCCAAGCUUUGGAACAGGCUACCUCAGUCUCUACUUUGGACAGCGCAGGAGUAUACAUCCAGUGUCUUCACACAAUGACCACUCAUGAAAAUGGAAUAUCAAGUCUU